GUGGACGCGCCAUAUUGAUUUCAACCUCAUCUAUCGGAAGUCGUCAACACUAUUUAGGACUUGUUGAGCGAUUGAGCGGCUAGUCCGGCUUGUCAAAAAGUUGUCUAUCAAAUGUGUCCCGCAAAAUGAACGAAUAUAUGUUGAAUAUAUGUUGAUGUGUGAAAGAAUUGUUCCAGUAAUUGGAAGAAUAAGUGUAGAAACAGAAGAUGAGCAUUACCGGUAAAAUACUCCAUAACAAAAUACGCGGGCUGCGCCCAGAUGUGUCGUCGGGAAUCACAUCGGAGAUCCUGAGCAAAAUUUGUGACGACGCGAGCACUCAACCUUUCCUGGAAUGGUUCUGCAAGAAUGUGAGCAGUGCUAAUAUUCUCUCCAACGAAGAAAUAAAAUUAAAAAAUGUUUUGCAAGAGUCUGAGGAAUGGUUGGAAGGUGAAGCGUUAGAAACUGCAUUGAAAGAAGCCACAGAAGACUAUCCGGACUUGCUUCAACUCGUUAGUAUUGAUGACACAGAGGAUUUACUAGCGGAAUAUGAAGAAUUGAAGGAAAGCUGCAGAGAAGAUGAGGAGUAUCUUUGUUUAUUGCCACAGAAUAUAAAAAAUCUGAAACAAAUAGAAAACCAGAUGGAUGAUAAUAUUGAAGAAGCAGACAUUAUACUGGAUAAAGAGCAAAUUGAAACUGAAAAGAUAUAUGAUGAUUGUAAUGCAGUUCUGAAAGAAUACGAAAAGGACAAUCAUCAGUUAUCGAAUAAUGUCAAUGUUCUUUUGAAAGUGUACACUGACGCCGCUCAGAAUCAAGGCGGAGCAAUAUUGUGGUCACAAAUGCCCAUAGAUCUGUUUAUCAAGCAAAUAGAACUUUACAAUCAUUAUCUAAGAACUCACGUAAAGAAACAUUUUGGAGAUACUACUAAGGAAGAUUCCAAAGACUCUGAUUAUGGAUCUCUGAUAAGUGACAGUAGAGAUAAACAAGUUGAUGAAAAGAUGCAUGAAUUAUAUUUAUGUAAGACAAAUUUAACAAAGUCAAAACUUGAAGAGAUUGAUGCUAAAAUUCAAGAAGAACCUUAUACAGCAAUAUUGGAAUGUGUGCAGAAUAUUUAUAAUGGCGGGAAUAUAAAAGUACCUAGAGACAGUAUUUUGCACGAUGAAAUACGGGAGUUAAGCAGGAAGAGGAAUUAUCUGGAAGAGAAUAUCGAGCUUUUGUGGAGCCAAAAGAUUCCACAAGUAGUUCAGUUUGCGGAAAUAGAAAUAAUAAAAAUUCAAAAAAACAACGCACUGGCUCGUCUCGAACGGAGGAAGGCUCGUCUCGAGAAACUGGAGAAUUUAUAUUCUCUCGCCGGAGAACACGGACAUGUUUAUGUUGAUUUACUAUGUAUAUUAAUGGAAAUGCAAUCUCACCGCCUGAAUGAAGUUGCUGAAUUCAUCGCAGAUGCUCGUCACUACAUCACAACAGAAUACAAAUUCUCUGCUGCAAGAUCUGAAAUCAUGCAACAACAACAAGACGAAUACGCAACUCUCAUGACGAACUUUCCAAAAACCUACAAUGUAUUCAAUCAUAUAUUCAUCUCUAUGAUGCUCGGCGAUAAUUCAGACGGGACGCUGUCUUCCGCAUUGAAGAAAUAUGAUGAUCUGCUAGCCGACAACGCGGAGAAGAAAAAAUUUCUAAUGGAAAUGCACUUAAAUAAUAGAAUCUGUAAAUUACAAAACCUAGAGGACAAAAUAAACAAACAUUACGUGGCUGAGACACAAAGCGGGCCGACGAUCAGCUUCAGACCGAUGUCGUACGAAAUAAGCGUCAAAUCUGAAGAAGUAUCCGCGGACGUUCAAAACCUGCAGGAAGAUAUAACAAGAAUUAAAAAUCAGUUUAAAGAGCGAUUGAGGAUGGAUGUCAAUUUGGAACGUGAGAAGGAUAUUCUGUGGCAGAGGUUCUUAGCGGAUCCAGACACCUUAAGAAUGAACUGCAAAAACGCAGAACGAAAAGCGAACGCGUCUCACUUCGGAGAUACUUCGGAAAUUAAUUCGAGUCCGUGAAUCUCAACACGCGCUUCAUAUAAAUUGUCAAAUAUGUAUAAAGAAACUUUUAUAGAUUAUAAGCAACGCCUUGAAUCUGUUUUUGUUUUUCUACGUUUUCGAAGUAUAAAAGAAAACAAAAGUUUUGCACCG